GUUUUUGGCCAAGGAGCACGUUGAAGAUAUGGCGGACAACGUGGGGGUGAUGCAGAGGGCCAUCGCGAUCGUCCUUGCGACGUUCGUGGUCGUGACUGCGGCUGCGGCAGGAAGAAAGCGAGGAGCGAAGAACGCCGCCAAGGAUGACUGCCCCUCGUUCCCUGUCACCACCCGCACAGCCCAAGAUUCUAGACGUCAACGCCUACGGGCCACGUCGGAGAAGACUUCGACGACAAAAAUGCACGAGCUCGGAAUCUCCAUGGCGCGACUCUCGGCGCUCCCUCGUCGCGUUUCGUCGGCAACGACCAGUCCGACGUCAGAGGAGUACGACAAGAAGACGGACUUAUUCCACGAGGGUCGCAAUCAAGGCGGGAAGCUCGUUGUGAUCAUGGUCGGGUUGCCUGGUCGUGGCAAGUCGUACAUGGCACGGAAGGUCGCUCGAUACCUCAACUGGAUCAACUACGCUACGCGAGUGUUCAACAUUGGGAACUACCGGCGCAAGCUGCUGGGGGCGGACCACAGCGCCAACUUUUUCGACCCAGACAACCCGGCUGGGAAGAAGCAGAGAAUGGAGAUGGCCGAGGCCGCGAUGGAUGAUAUGCUCAAGUACCUGAACAACGAAGGCGAAGUUGCCAUCUACGACGGAACAAACUCGACGCUGGAGCGCCGGCUGUGGAUUCAAGAGCGAGUUUCGAAGUCGGACGGGUACCACUUGCUCUUUAUUGAAAGCAUUUGUGAAGAUGAGCGCAUCAUCGAACGCAAUAUCAUAGACACGAAGCUGCGGUCGCCAGACUAUAAAGCAACGUCGCCAGAAGAAGCUGUGGCAGACUUUCGAGCCCGCAUCGCAAUGUACAGGAAAAACUACGAAGCGCUCGGCGAAGCGGACGAGAUUUUCUCGUACGUGAAAGUGAUUGAUGCGGGAACAAAGCUGAUCAUGAAUCGCAUCCACGGGUACCUCCCCAUGAAAAUCCUGUCCUUUAUCUCCAAUUUGCACAUCGUUCCGCGGCCGAUCUACAUGACGUGCCAUGGGGAAAGCGUCAACUCGGUUGUCCAGCGUCUUGGAGGUACGGCUGCUUGGCGUGCACUGGAGUCGGAGGUGGCGCGCGUUGAGGCCAUUCGUCGUCGUAUGAUUGCCAUCCGUUCAACUGUAGGUGACUCGGACUUGACUCCGCGUGGCGUCGCCUUCAGCGAAGCGCUGGGCAAUUUUGUGGCCCACAACGUGCCCAAGGACAUGUCGCUGUGGUACUCGACGGCAAAAUGCGCUCGCCAGACGGCGCAAGCGAUCUCGAGCGAGGUGCGCGUGCAGUGGCGGGCGCUGCGAGGCCUCGAAGCUGGCCUGUACAACUCGCUGACCAAGUCCGAGUUUCAGCUGAACCAUCCAACGGAAUACCAACUGCGCAUGGAAAAUUGCCUCUGGUAUCGAUACCCGCUUGGCGAGAGCUACAUGGACGUGCUGUCGCGCCUGGAGCCCGUGAUUUUUGAGCUCGAGAGGUGCCGCACCCCCGUUGUGAUUGUGGCCCACGUCGAAGUCGUGCGCUGUCUGUACGCCUACUUUCUCGACUUGCCCAUCCUCGACAUCCCCAAAGUCCAUGCCCCUUUCAACGAAGUAAUUGAGCUCCACACGACCGCGUACGAGUGUUUGGAGACAAGGCACGUCCUUCUUGCGCCAGAGUAACCCUCUGAAACAUGACCGCCAUUUGCAUCGUCGCAGCGCAUGGACUUGUUUUCGCAUCCACCGCCCACCCGUCGC